CCCCCCCCCCCCUUCCUCUCUGCCUACACACCCUGGCACAAGAUGGCUUCCUGUUCCUCAUCACCAUGGCCACCCAUCCCUCCCCUCCUCCUGCUCCUCUUCUUCCUCCUCGCCUCCCCCUCCUCCAUCCUCGCUGCACCAGCAACCUCCUCCCAACAGCAGGCUGAGAGCGCCGGCAAUGCGACGGCGGCGUGGACGCCGCGGCUGCGUAAGACGUUCCUGGACGGCGGCGUGGAGCGGUGGCGCGGGCGGCGGCUGGUGGGGCGGUUCCAGGUGUGCGCGGUGUGCACCUGCUGCGGGGGCCCCCACGGGAUGUGCAUCCCGGCGCCCUGCUGCUACGCCAUCAACUGCAACAUCCCCAACCGCCCUUUCGGCGUCUGCUCCUUCACACCGCGCACUUGCAACUGCCUCAACUGCCACCUCUAGCCGGAUCCUCCUCCAGGCUCGCCGAUGGCGACCAAGAGACCGAUGGAUUCAUGGUGAGGGAUUCUGUCUGUUUGAGGUCUCAGCAGAUUGGUAGUGGUGCUAGUAGUAUAUAUACUCUCCUACAUUGUAGCCAUUCCAUGACUCGUAAAGUAGCAAGUGUGGUGAUGGUUGGGGUUCGUUCAGCCUUUUUGUGCGAUUUGUUGGUCCAAACUUGAAUUGAACUGUGGAUAUAGUCGAAUCACUAGCAUCUUUCUUUUGCUUUGCCUCGCGGUAGUGAUGAGCUCUGUUUGUUCUUGCCUUCUUGGAAUUCGUCAGUGGUGGUACAAUAAGGAAGAAGGACAAACAUGUGCGGUGCUGAUUUCCAGUGAAUUUAUAUUAGGAGAAAUUUGGACACAUUUGUGGAUUAUUGAGUUAGUAAAGAUGAAUGAUUUCUUCUGGUA